CGCCGUCCUCCAUAAUCCAUCCUCGAGACUAUCAUGUCGCUGCUUCACGCACUCGUCGCACGCGGGUCUGUUAUCCUCGCCGAACACCAGGGACCGGGCGACCGAAACUUCUCCCAUGCUGCGCAGACUGUUCUGUCCAAGAUACCACCCAACAACAGCAAGCUCACCUACGUCUGGCAAGAGUACCUCUUCCACUACAUCGCCGAUAAUGGAUACAUCUAUCUCGUCAUGGCCGAUGACGCUGCCGGCAGAAAGAUGCCGUUCGCAUUCCUGGUAGACCUGCAGCACAAGUUCACCGACCUCCCCUCGACCUCCUCCGCCGCACUCGACAGCACCCCCGCCUACGGCCUCCAAGGCACCUUCGGCCCCGCCGUCGGCGCCCUCAUGCACACCUACAACACCGCCCCGCCCGCGGACGACAUCGCGCGCGCGCAGCACGAGCUCAACCACGUCAAAGACAUCAUGGUGCAGAACGUCGAGCAGAUCCUCAGCCGCGGCGAGCGCAUCGAGCUCCUCGUCGACAAGACCGACACCAUGGCCACGCAGGCGACCGCGUUCCGCCGCGGCGCGCGCCAGGUGCGCAGGCAGAUGUGGUGGAAGAACGGCAAGAUCGUCGUGCUCUGCGGUGUCGUCGCGCUGUUUGUGCUCUGGAUGAUUGUCGCGCAGUUUUGCGGCGCGGGGCUGAAUCAGUGUGGGGGCAAGUCUUGAUUUCGUGCUAUCGGUUUAUUCCGCCUUCUUCCUUUCUUGUUUCCCUUGACCUUCCUGAGUCACUGCUUUCCCUGGCCUCUGCUUCACGUGCACCCCCGAACGCGCAUCCGUGUUAUCGGAUGGCUCUACUUCGGAUCUGAGCAUCCUCAGUCUGCUUUUUCCUGAUUCAGGGGCGCCCACCUCCUACAUACACACAUACUACUACACCCGCCACCUACCCAAUCCCUUCAUGCCACAUCGCCCAAUCCUUUCUCGUCCGCUUCGAUGCCGCGGACGUUUGCGCACCCCGCUUACCUGUAUCACUAAUCACCACCAUCAUGUAUCUU